UCGGAGAUCGUUGAAGAUUUUGGCAAUUAGCUUUGGGUCAAUAGGUCUGCGUUCGCAGCGAACUAAUAUAAGCGGCAGCGCCCGCUCGUAGCUCAGUUUAGUCGAGAGCCAUGAGGAGUCACAGCUGCGUGUGGGCCUUGAUUGUAGCGGUGCUCUGGCUGGCAUUGGCCAGCCGAGAGGUCAACGGCGAGACGAGGAUCGAGGUGGACGAGAACGGGGAUGAGUACGAGCUGAAGCGCUUCUAUAUCCAGGGCCGACAGCUGAGUGGCCAGGGCAGCAAAUCGCAGUGCGUGGUCACCAGAAGGAAGCGUGCGAGUCGCUCGAUGAGCGCGCCCAGCAUCUCGGUUAGCUCCCAGCAGCUGAGCUUGAGCGCAGCGACGGAGCCGCUGAAGCUGCAGCAGGAGCAGGAUUCGAACAAGCGUCGCUAUGUCGCGCUGGCAGCGGUGCAGCUGCAGCAGCCGGAGGACGAGGAUGACGAAGAUGAUGACGAGGAGGAUGACGAAGACGAUGGCGAUGAGCAGCAACUGGAGAUCGAGGAAGCGUUCCUGGUGGAUGCAGUGCAACAGAAACAGUUCCCAGGCCAGAGCCAGAGCAGCUUUGUGGCCUUCACACAGAAGGUGCCCGGUGGCGUCAGCGUGGUGGCCAAUGCGGCGACCCAUGCCAAUGUGGUCGGAGAUGCGGGCAUUGUUGUGGUCGAGUCGCAGGAGCCGCCCAAGGUCAAUCCCAAUACGCAUGCGGUCUUCGAGCUGAAGCCGUUGAAUCAGCAGGCCUACUACCAGCCGGGUGCACCGCUUCUGGGCGGGGAUGCGGCGGCCGAGGAGGAGGACGAGGACGAGGAGGAUAAUAUCGACAGCGAUGGCUUCUAUUAUCAAGGCUUGGGCCCCUACGAUGAAUACGAACACUUCAUAACGGAGGAGAGCCCGGUGAGCACGUCGGCCAUUUGGAGCACGGAUGGCGAUGAUGAGGAUGUGCAACCCGUUGUCAAUCCGGCCAAGCGACCAGUUAAUGAGAACAAGAAGAAGAGGAAGCAGCAGCCGCAGAUGCAGCAGCAGAAACAGAAGCGUCGCAAUCAGCAGAGCGUCAGCGUCAGCAGCGUUGAUCAGACACCGCAGAAGCCAAUAGGCAAUAGCAGUAGCAGCAGCAGCAGCAGCAGCAGCAGCGGCUCCUCCGCGCCCGUUAAGCGUCGCAAGACCAAGCCCAAGCAGAAGAAGAAGAGGAAGAGCAGGCCAAACAGCGUGGGCAACAGACGCCGUCGUCCCAGCUCCAGCUCCAGUGCCAGCUACAGCUAUGGCUCCAUGGGCGGCUAUAAGCGCCGUCGUCCACAGCUGACGGAGGCGCAGCGUCGCCGCCGACAGCAGCAGAAGCGUCGCCGCCAGCAGCUGCAGCGCCAGCGUCGUCGCCGCAACAAGAUUCGCCAACAAAAUGGCUAUCGCCAGCAAUACUUUGGCGACGAGCCGAUCGUCAAUUGCAUCUACAUCAACAAGGAUCCGGUGACGACGACGACAACGACGACGCCGCGUCCGUUCUGGAAUCUGCUGGGACGCAGCGCCGCGCAGCAGCCACAGCCGGCGGAGCAAUCGCCACGGCGAAACGGCGAAUUCGGCAAUCGCAAGCGCACGAAUUUGAAGUUUACCGCCUAAAACAAGGCAAGGCCUAAAUCGACGAAAUUAAUUUUUAAUGCAUUUUUUUUU